AUGUUUAUGGAUCUCAUUGGCAAAACAAUGGAGGUCCACAUAGACGACAUGCUAGUAAAAAGUUUGGAGGCCGAGGACCACAUGAUGCACCUCAACAGCACUUUCCAAAUCCUAAGAAGGUAUAGGAUGAGACUAAACCCCUUCAAGUGCGCCUUUGGGGUAGCUUUUGGCAAAUUCUUGGGGUACAUGGUCAACCAACGGGGAAUUGAGGCCAAUCCCGAAAAGAUUGAGGUUCUAUGCAAAAUGAGGUCCCCCCAAAAGCUAAAGGAGGUACAAAGUCUUACCAGAGGCCUUCCAAUGCCUGAAAAUGCACCUGGGACAGGCCCCCUCCUCUUUAAAUCGAAGCCCGGUGAUAUCCUACAACUAUAUUUGGCCGUUUCCAAUGAGGCCAUCAGCUCGGUUCUGAUACGAGAAGAAGGGUCUACCCAACUCCCCGUAUACUACACAAGUAAAGCGUUCCUAUUGCCAGAAACUCGUUACCCCGAUAUGGAGAAACUCCCUUUGGCCUUAAUCACAGCCUCUAGGAAAUUGAGACCUUACUUCCAAGCUCACACCAUCCAUAUACUGAAAAACUUUCCCCUGAGGGCAGCCAUAAAAGGGCGAGCCUUGGCUGACUUUGUGGCUGAAUUCGCUAACCUACCCAAGGUGGAUGAAAUCAUGGAACCCGCCGAGCCCCCCACAUGGAAUCUCUUCAUCGAUGGGUCAGCUGGAGAAGUUGGCUCAGGUGCCGGGGUUGUCCUCAUCAGUCCCGAAGGUCACAAACUCACCUCAGCAGUGAGAUUCGGAUUCAAAGCUACUAGUAACGCAGCAGAAUAUGAGGCACUUCUUGCGGGCCUCAAGCUGGCCACAAAAAUACAAGUAAAGAGGCUACUCAUCAAUCCCCCGCAUCGAAAAUGCACAUGUGGAUGCCUCUCGAAGCUGGCUAGUAGCAAGGACUCAGAGCUACUCACAGUAGUACCUAUUGAGCACCUCCUCCUGCCUUCGAUCGAGGCCCCUACAGUAAUGUGGAUCGCUGAAACUCCCACUUGGAUGCAGCCAAUCAUAGCAUACCUCAAAGACCAAAGCUUCUUCUCCCCACUCCUACGGUGCGUCGGAGGAAAAGAGGCUACCUACAUAUUAAGAGAAGUCCACGAGGGCGUUUGCGGCAACCACUCCAGAGGUCUAUCUCUGGCACAAAAAAUAUUGAGGCAGGGAUACUACUGGCCUAUCCUAAAGCGGGACGCCCUCGAGUUUAGACAACCAUCACAGGAUUUGACCGCCGUUUCCAGCUCCUGGCCUUUCACAAAAUGGGGUGUGGACCUCAUAGGUCCCCUACCUAAAGGCAGAGGAGGGGCAAGCUUUGCAAUAUUGGCUAUUGAUUACUUCACAAAGUGGGUCGAGGCUGAACCACAGGCAAAAAUCACUGAAGCCAACACCACCAAGUUCUUAUGA